AGGAGACUACAAAAUUCUCAAAAGUGUAUUUUCUAGCCGUGAAUUCAAAAAUAUCCCUACUAUAGAAAAUUAUGAAAUAAAAUAGUGUUACGAAAUAAAUUUAUUUCGUCAAUUUAGAAAAAAUUCGUUGUCUUUUCAUUGCGAGUGGGGAAAGCAGUGUUAUUUAGUAUCGAAAUUCUAUUAUGCAUUUCUAACACGCAAACCUAGGAAAAAUUAACUGCACCUUUCCGCUACAGUUUAUUUUAAAAAUAUUACAUUGUGGUUCAUGAAACUUAAUUCUCUUAAUGUACUAUUUUUUUUUACUUGUAAAAAUCAUUAUAAUACAUUACAAAUGUUUUGAUGAUAAAAUGGAAGUAAUAGCAUUUUGAAAACCAACUUUAUAAAGUAUUAAAGUGGAUACGCAACAUAUAUAAAUUGUAUCGAGUCCCGUUGUGUUCGUUUUUUGACGUCGCUUGCAUUGGAAUCACUCCUUAACAGGCUUUUCGUGUAAUGACAAAUUUUACUAAGAGUAAACUAUAUACAAAUCAUUACCUCGAUCUGUCAGGUUGACAGCGAAAGUAUGUGCUCGUAUAAUUCUCAAUAUUAGAAUCGAUAUUAUUACUUUUAACUAAUUUUAAAGUGGUAAUUAUGUGUGUUAAAGAAAUAUGAUACUUGUAUGUCAUUUAUUUCAUCGCAAAUCCUGUUUAGAGGUUCUUCAAGUUUCUUCUAGCUAUAACCAUUAACCAUAAACUUAUAUUUUAACCCAGUGUCUUCCAUCAUGACUUCAUACAACAGAAAUGGACCAGGUAUAUCAGGAAAUUCUUUCAAUUGCUGGGUACAAAGGACCAAUAUGCAUGAUGAUUCUGCCAUCACAAAAAUGCAACAUCAGUUCUGGGUAACAAAACAAACUCUAUCACGAAAACUAGGAAAAAAAGAAGAUGAAUGUAUAGUGGCAUCUGAUGCAGGAUUAGAUGCCAAAUUAGAAUUGUUCCGCAGUAUACAAGAGUCGUGUACUUACUUGCAAAGAGUCCUUGACAAAUAUCAAGAAAGAUUAUGCAAUCUUGCGCAGGAAGAAAAUGCAAUGGGCAGGUUCCUCAAAGAUGCUGGUAAACAGGAUAAAACUAGAGCUGGCAAAAUGAUGUUAGCUGUUGGAAAAUCAUUAUCUUAUUCCAGCCAACAGAGACUCGCGUUAAGAGCUCCAUUAGGUCGAUUGUAUCAAGAAGUAGAAACUUUUAGACAAAAAGCUAUAGAAGACACAUUACAAAAUGUUCAGGCAAUGGAAAAAGCUCGUAUAGAAUAUAGAGCAGCUUUAUUAUGGAUGAAAAAUGUUUCUCAAGAAUUAGAUCCUGAUACAUCAAAACAAUUGGAGAAAUUUCGAAAAGUACAAACACGUGUCAGAUUGGGCAAAGUGGCAUUUGAUAACUUAGCCUUAGAUUGUCUUCAGAAAGUAGAUCUUCUAGCAGCUGCAAGAUGUAAUAUGUUCAGUCAUGCUUUAGUUUUAUACCAAAGCACGCUUUUAAAUUUCACUAAAAAAUCAGCACAAGCAUACUCAACGAUUGCAGCUAGUUUCAAAGGUUAUCAACAAUAUGAUUUCACAGUUGUAAGAGAACUUGCUGAAACAUCUACCAAAUUGGCUCAAGAAACUGGUGGAGACGAAGAUCCUGAUGAUAAAGAAAAACUACCAUUUUUUGACAUCGAUUAUCAUGACAGUGUAGAUGAAGCUGAAGAAGUGAAACCAGCGAUAGACAAUGUAAUCGACACCGAUAAACAUGAUGAAAAAUUAUUAGACAUUGAAUGUGACACAAAAGAUAUAUUGGAAUUUGAUGGAUUAGAUAUGAAUUCUAGUUCUACAAAAAAUGAAAUUCUUCAGUUGGAUUCUAAUACAAAGCAUAAAGAGGAUCUCCAUCAACUUUUUGACAACUUAAUUUUAGAUAACAAUGUAUCUUGUAAAAAUGAACAAUCAGUUAUUAGUAAAGAAGAAGAAAAUCUAUCUAAACUACAAAAAAGUGUAGAACAAAAUCUAGAACUGAAUAUAUUUGACAAAUCGGAUACGAAUUUCACUCUGAGUGAUUUAUCUUCUUUAGAAUUACAAGAUGCAGGAGAACAAUCACUACAGUCCCUUACAUCAGAAAAUUUGGCUCUUUUAAAUGAAAUAUUAGGUGAUAAACAAGAUAUUACUAACGAAUGGGAAACAAUAGCUACUGAUACUUUUUUACCACCGAAUAUUCUGAAACAAAGUUUAGGUGAUGCAGCACUUGGCAUAGGGCAAAAAGGCAUGCCUACUAUGAGUAUGGACGACAAAAAGAAAAACAAAACUGGAAAACAAAAAGGAAAUUCCUGGUUGGAUUUGUUCGCUGAAUUAGAUCCAUUAGCUAACAACCCGAUGGAAAAUCUUUCCACUGACAGCAACGCAUCUGCUUAAUUUUUUAAGAAAACACUUGCAUCGUAUUACCGUGAUACAUAAAAAAUUGCAGUUCACAGCAACAAUCGGAAGAGACGAUUUUAUUUUUAUCAAACAAGAUAAUACUAGGAGCAUUAUACCACUCUAUACAUUUAUAUUAAUAUUUCGUACUUAUUAUUUGAAACUUAACAUUCCUGAUGUGUUACAUUUAAUAAUAGUAAGAAAAAGAUUAAUGGUAAGAAUCAAAAGUAUUUGAAUUUCGUAAGUAUCUUUCAAGAUCUAUACCAAAGAUGUAAAAUCUGAUAGUUUAUAAAAGUGUGCUAAUCAAAUACUUCUUUUAAAUACAUUACAAAUAUCGUUUCAUGAUAAGAAAUAGAGUUAUCAACUUUCCUACUUACAUUUAUAAUAAAAUAUGGUCGUUGGAGUUAAAAGUAUAUAUAUCAUACAAAUAUUUGUAAUUUGCAAUUACUUCACGGUUCGAAUUCUUUGUUGUACAAUCAUUUUUAAUAUCAUUGUCGUUAUGGGAUGGUUUGUAUUUAGAAAAUUGUGAAGUAAUUAAUUAUGCGCUACAUACAUUUUCGUUCUUUUUAAAUAUGCAGAAACAUUCAAUAUCGCUUUCUCGUUUAAAUUAAAAAUACAUACAUUAUAAACAAAUUACAUCGUCGGAGGAUUAUCGUUUUUGUAUUUUUUUUCUAUAUAAAUAUAAAAUGCUUAUGCAUUAACAAAGUAUAGGAUCACAGAGUUAACACCAAAAUAUAAUUGUAUUUCAAGUAUAAAAGAACUCUAAAUCAAAACCUAAUUUGCAUCGGUAACAUAUUUUGCAGUUUAGGCAUCAUAGAAUUGUGCCAUGCAAGUUCUGACCCUGAAACGAAAACAAUCAGAAAUCGUUAAAAGAGUAAAUAUUUUCGUACAAAUAUAUUGCUCUACCGAAACCUCAUCAAACAAUCAAUCACGUAACACAAAUAAAUAAAAUGAUUUGAAGCGUUUUCGAAUAAAAAAGAGAGAAGUUUUAACAUUAAAUGAUUGUUAGUCAUACUUAUCAAAUAACUGAAGUUCCUUGCUAUGCCGCAAUUGUUGUAAAAUACGAUAAAAGCCUAAUUCUCUUAAACGUGCUUGCCGCUGCGCAGCUCCAGGUUCCUCCUUCCAGACUAGGUUGCACACACAAAGCACAGCCGCAACUUGCAGCUUUAUAUUGUUAUGCAUCUAAACAUCAAUAUCAGAAUAACUAUAAAUUAUUACUGUGAUUUCAACGAUCUGUUACUUAAAUAUAAUUCCUUAUGUUACACAAAACCCAGGAAUCUCAAACAUGUUAUAUUU